GUAUAUGUCGGUUUGAAAUUAGAAGCAGAAAAAUCAGCCUGAUAAAGGUCUAAAAGGAUUUCUGAGGUAAUAAGAGCCGAUAGGAGCAACUUUAGAGAAGAAUUGAAUGAGUAAACUUGAAUAAUUCCCACUAUGACUAGCCCAUAAUUAAAACACUGACAACUAGGAAUUAACGAAGAAUACAGUGAUGGGUGUUUAUUAAUAGUCAAUUUCUUGCUUUUUUAUCAGCCAGAAUGGGAUUGCCCAAAUCCACUCUCCAACUUGAUAUACCACAAUAUAUUCAUACUAGAAAAUUCAAAUAAUUAAGUAGUAACUGAAAAUGACUUCUUGAGCCAUAAUGUUGAUAAUCUCAUAGCCUUAGCAUCUAAGGUAAAGAGUAGUUUCCUUUUCUUGAGCAAAUACGAGCCAAAUCCCUUUCAUCAAUAAACCCACAGCCAUGACCUAAGCCUCUUACGGGUUGCUUGCCCCAUCAAAUUUCAUUAUUGGGCUCCUGUCCUAUGCCAGCAUCUUUCAAAAUUCACCGUGAUAAUUUGCAAAUUUAUCGACACACCAUUAAAACACCAAAAUUUAGAAAAUUGAAAUCACUAAAAAGGUGCAAAAUUACUAUCAAGAGGUCUGUAAGGUACCUGAUUACUACAAAUAUGAGGUAA